UCGAAUUGGGGUUGUUAUUUGCUAGGGUUAUUGGAGGAUGUCGACGGCGGCGACGUAUGAAUUGCCUGAAUCUCCGGCGAAGAAGGCAAAGAUGACGACGAUGACGGUGACGCCACAGGAGGAGGGACGUGUCUACGGCGUUGAUGAUGAUGAGGACGAGAUCUACAACGAUGGUCUCCAUAUGAUGACCGCCGAAGAGAUUGAUCGCUACGAAGAAGCUGUCAUGCGCAGCGAUGGAUUUGAGGUUCCUGAGUUCCCUAAUGUUUUUGCUUUCGGUCUCAUCACACCCAUUAUGAAUAAUAUCUCCGCGAAGUUCAGGGGGAAAAUUCUUAAAUAUGCCCGCUUUGCCGUCGACCGGCAUAACGAAGAGAGAGUGAAAGAGGGUGCCAGGGAACUCCGUCUCGAUAUCACGGGAAUCGUCAACUGUAAUGCAGAGGUCUCUUGCCCUGUCAACUAUUACAUCACUUUCGAGGCGAAAGAUCUCGACAUGAAUGAGCUCGAUCAGUAUGAAGCCAAGGUGGUCACCAGUGUCCCUGAUGACGACGAAGAUGACGACGAGGUUCCCAUCUUCAGGAAAAAGCCCAAACCAACUAAUCCACCAGUGCCCACAGAGCAUGGACCAAGCGACUCAAAUCGCGCAGUUGGGGACCCAAGCAAAGUUUGUGAGACCUGAAGUUGGGACCAAGGGGCAAGAGAGGGGAAGAUUUACCACUACUUAUUUUUGGGGGAGUUUGGGGCUAUUAGUUCAC